CCGGCGGCUCGCGGGCGGAGGGCGGGGAACCCCAGCAGCCGGAGGCUGCGGCUGCACCGCCACCCGCCCGGCCACCUGCCCGGGCGCUGGCGUUGGGACAGGGAAGUGCGGCUGGCCUGCGCCCUCCAGGGAGCGGCCUGAGGCCGCCCGAGAGGCCGGGCCGGCGGCGUCCCCAGCGGUCGCCCCGGAGUUGACUGCGCGAAACUUUUCCCUGCGCGUUUCUACGCGGCGGCACCGGAUCGGUCCCCGCUCCAGCCGCGGCCACCCCACCGGGACCCGACGCCCGUGGGAAUCGAAGGGGGGGGAGAGGCCCGCGGCUCCCCCCCCCCACGCCUUCCGUCGGGGCGCAACCAGGCGCGGCAGCGGGGCCGGGACCCCGGGCGAUGGCCACGGAGCUGGCGAUGGGCGCCGAGCUGCCCAGUAGCCCGCUGGCCAUCGAGUACGUGAACGACUUCGACCUGAUGAAGUUCGAGGUGAAGAAGGAGCCACCCGAGGCUGAGCGCUUCUGCCACCGCCUGCCGCCCGGCUCGCUGUCGUCGACGCCGCUCAGCACACCCUGCUCCUCCGUGCCCUCCUCGCCCAGCUUCUGCGCGCCCAGCCCCGGCACCGGGGCUGGCGGCGCUGGCGCCGGGGGCGGCGGCGCGGCGCAGGCCGGGGGCGCCCCGGGGCCGGCGAGCGGGGGCCCCGGCGCCGUCGGGGGCGCCCCGGGGAAGCCGGCACUGGAGGAUCUGUACUGGAUGAGCGGCUACCAGCACCCCCUCAACCCGGAGGCGCUCAACCUGACGCCGGAGGACGCGGUGGAGGCGCUCAUCGGCAGCGGCCACCACGCCGGGCACCACGGCGCGCACCACCCGGCGGCCGCCGCGGCCUACGAGGCCUUCCGGGGCCAGGGCUUCGCGGGCGGCGGCGGUGCGGACGACGUGGGCCCCGGCCACCACCACGGCGCACACCAUGGCGCUCAUCACCAUCACCACCACCACCACCACCACCACCACGGCGGCGCGGGCCACAGCGGCGCGGGCCACCACGUGCGCCUGGAGGAGCGCUUCUCCGACGACCAGCUGGUGUCCAUGUCGGUGCGAGAGCUGAACCGGCAGCUUCGCGGCUUCAGUAAGGAGGAGGUCAUCCGGCUGAAGCAGAAGCGGCGCACUCUCAAGAACCGCGGCUACGCGCAGUCGUGCCGCUUCAAGCGGGUGCAGCAGCGGCACAUUCUGGAGAGCGAGAAGUGCCAGCUCCAGAGCCAGGUGGAGCAGCUGAAGCUGGAGGUGGGGCGCCUGGCCAAGGAGCGGGACCUGUAUAAGGAGAAAUACGAGAAGCUGGCGGGCCGCGGUGGCCCCGGGGGCGCGGGCGGGGCUGGCUUCCCGCGGGAGUCCUCGCCGCCGCAGGCCGGCCCCGGCGGGGCCAAGGGCGCUCCCGACUUCUACCUGUGAGCUCGAGACCCGAGCCCGCGCCGCCGCUGGGAAGAGGUUCGGACUCCGCGGCCCAGGACGAGGACACAAGGCCGUCCGGAUCCAACUCCGCCUCCUCUGGCCGGGCUUGGCCCCGCACGUCCCGCUCCAGCUCCGCAGGCGCCGGAC